AGGAAGCAGCAAGGAGCCCCUGAGCGGAGGCCUCUGUCAACUCCCAGAUGCUGGGCCUCCUGGGGAGCACGACCCUCGUGGGCUGGAUCGUAGGUGCCGCUGUGGCCGUCCUGCUGCUGCUGCUGCUGCUGGCCACCUGCUUGAGCUGCAGACAGAAGGAGCCUGACGUGGAGGGGAGCCGCCCUGCUGCAAGGAGAAACCGAGUCAGGUGGGCCCGGCCUCCGAUCUCCUCAGGCCGGGGCCACCUGGGAGCCUUGCACCAUAUCCAUUACUCUGGCCACGUGUCUCACAUGCCCCACGUGAGCCACCACCACCACGCCGCCCACCACCACGGCCGCCAUGCCCACCGAGGCCGCCGCUGAUGCCUGAAUGGCAGCCGCCUGCCCCACCGUCACCAGGACACGCGGACCCCAGCGUUCCCGUGCAGAAGGGCACGUCUCCGUGCCGAACGCCGGGACCUCCUCGGGCUUCAUGUGCCUGCUGCGCCCAGUGUGCUACGGAGGCGGAGAACUGAGGAGCACCAGGGGUGGCCCUGCACACACUGCAGGGUGACGGGGCUGAGAGCAGCCUGGUGGCGGUCCUGCGGGGGCAGACACCACCUUGUGACCGUAACUCCCAACAGGCACCAGAAGUGACGGCCAGUCUGGGGCAGGUGCGCCGGUGUGCGCGGGUGCACGGACGGCGUACCCUGCUCUCUCCGAGCGCCCAGGCCUCUGGCCAGGGUGGUAGCUGGGAGGGGCCCGGGCAACGCCUUUUCGUGCGCAGAAGGCCGUUUGAGGCCGCACAGUCAAGUCAACGGUGCCGUAACACAAGAAAAUAAAAACCACUAAGAAGCUUUUGUGAGGAGGCUCUUGAUUGUAACUCAAGUGGGAGGUAGGGAGCGGCCAGGCCUGUGUCUGCCUUGCCCUGGACCUUCCUCUCUGGUGGGAAGUGAGUGCCUGGUGCGGGCCCUGCAGUGGGAGAGACUGGGCGGCUCUGCAGGGCUCCGUGGACAGUAGGUGAG